UUCCCAUUCAAUCACAGCAAACAGCAGUUUGUAAUAUAUACGAAAUAGCAGCUUCGCUUCAGAAAGCAAAGAGCGAAAAUGAAAAACAUCUCAAAGCUGUUGAUGGCAUUAAUGGGCGUGUGCGUCCUGGUUCUGAUACCUCACCAGAUUAACGCAGAAGAAGAAGAACUGAGAGGGGAGGCGCUGGUGAGCAAGGUAUGCGAGAAAACGCCAUCGAAGGACGUGUGCAUGGAAACCCUAAAAAAGGACCCGAGAAGCCAAACGGGAGGGCUGAAAGAGAUGGCGUUGAUAUCAGUGCAGGCUGCCAAGGACAACGCUACAGAUAUAAUAAAUCACUUGAAGGUGCUGGUGGUGGAUGACAGUUUGCCGCCGGAUGUGCAGCAGGGCAUGUCGGAUUGCUUGGAUAUAUUGGGAGACGCACAAGAGCAGCUCAACACGGCAACGGCGGCGAUGCUGGUGAAGAUCGGAGAGGACACUGAAAAAUGGCUGCAGGCUGCGGUGGACGCCGUGUCAACCUGUGAGGGUUACCUUAACGGAGACGAUCACCUCCUCUUGCAUAAAGAGGACAACUUCCGCCUCUUGUGCAGCAUUUCCUUGUCCAUCUGCCAGGCCUUAGACAAUAACCAGGUCUAAUUAGAACCAGCUUUUAUAUAUUUCAUUUCCUUUCACGUCACUCUCCUUUCUAACCUAAACAUAACAUUCCUUGCUUGUUAUUACAUUUCAUAACCUUAUUAAAAUAUAUCCCUGGCAUUUUCUCGAUCUCGAAUUAAUUCUGUCCCUUGCACAAUUGGAUGUAGAAAUGGGCGCUGACAGCCUGACACCCGCACUUAAUAAUU